UUGUCGCUCUCAUUUCCUACGUCGAUCGAUUGAAGCGGUGAAGCCUUUCCCCGCCAUGGCCAGCGCCGAGUCCGAUCGCCAGGAGGAGGAGGUUGCCGCUGCCGGCGACGAAGAGGACACUGGCGCCCAUGUCGCCCCCAUCGUACGCCUCGAGGAGGUCGCAGUCACCACCGGUGAGGAGGACGAGGACGCCCUCAUCGACCUGAAGGCGAAGCUUUACCGAUUCGACAAGGAGGGGAAGCAGUGGAAGGAGCGGGGUAAUGGGAGCGUGAAGCUUCUGAAGCAUAAGGAGACCGGAAGGGUUCGGCUCGUCAUGCGGCAGGCUAAAACCCACAAGAUCUGCGCCAAUCACCUUGUUUUGCCCUCGACCAGUAUGCAGGAACACGCCGGGAAUGAUAAGUCGUGCGUGUGGCAUGCGAUGGAUUUUUCCGACGGGGUGCUGAAGGAGGAGCUGUUUGCGAUUCGAUUUGGAUCAGUCGAAAAUUGCAAGAAAUUCAUGGAGAUGAUUGAAGAAAUCAUCGCUGAUUGUUUCGGUAAAACUGAAGACGAAGACAGUAAGGAUGCCUUAUCUGCUUCCUACCUCAUAGAAAAGUUAAGCAUGACUGAACCUGAAAACAAAGCCGACACAAAAGAGAGAGUGAAAGAAGAUGAAGAGAAGCAAGUAGAAUCUGAGCAAUCAUCUUCCGCAACUUAGCUCGUACCGUUAACUGUCUUUCAGGUUGGCGGUUAUCUUCUUUCUCUAAACUUAUGCUCUUGUGCAGAUCAUUGGUGUAGUUGAAAAUCUUAGUCCUGCAGUGUGUUCAUGUGUUGAAAGACUCUCCCUAAGGUUCGAGUCUCUUUGUUAAAAUUGUUCCUCUUGAUGGCUUACUAUUAUUCUGAUCUA